UAUUGUGAAUGUGUGAUGUGAAUGACUGUUAUAGGGGUUUAGUAUGGAUCCAGUGGGGUUGAAUGUGAUUGAAACAGCAGCUCUUGGGAGACCCUUCCAGUUGGGUAUGCUGUAUGACUGCAGAAAAGAUGCACUAAUACCAGGGCUCAGACUUUGGACUAAAGAGCAGAUGGAUCAGAAUAUCUGUACUCGUUCUCAGAUUAACACAGUUUUCACAGUUACAGCUUUAGAUUCACUUAAAGAAAAAUCUAACGUAUUAAAUAUUGAUGGUGGUGUGAAACUGAGUGUUUUAGGAGGACUCAUUGAUGUAAGUGGAGCUGCCAGAUAUCUCAAAGACAUCAAGAAAUCCUUCAGUCAACAGAGAUUGACAUUGUUUUAUCACUCAACCAGUCAAUUUAAAGAGCUGACUAUAAAUCACUUGACUUCUGGAGAUUUACUUCAUUGUGAUGAUGAUGUAGCCACACAUGUAGUGACAGCAGUGCUGUAUGGAGCAGAUGCCUGCUUUGUGUUUGACAGAGAAGUUUCAGCAGAUGAAGAUAAAAACAAAGUAGAUGGAGAAGUCAAAGUCGCUUUCAAACAUCUAAAAGGAUUUGAUAAGUUUCGACUUUAA